AUGUGUGACGAUUGGUACGCAAAUAUGGAUAAAGGUGAAUUGAAUGGAGUUGUAUUCUUAGAGAUCUGUAAGGCUUUUGAUUCCAUAAAUCACAAAAUAUUGCUUAACGAAUUGGAAACACAGUUUGUUAUCUCCAACAAGGAAUUAAACUGGUUUAAAUCUUACCUUACGAAUCGUGAACAAGUUUGUACUAUAAAUGGACAUACAUCGUCCGCAAAAAAGAUUAUUUGUGGUAUCCCUCAGGGCUCAAUUUUAGGGCCUUUGCUAUAUUUCUACUUUAUAUUAACGACCUACCGGAUAAACUCAAAAAAAACAACACCUUGUUUAUACGCUGACGAUACCGAAAUUAGAAGAUUCGUAGGUUUCCUAUUUCUUAAACAGGAAACUUAAACAUUAAGUUAACCCUAUUCCAAAUUCGUUUUUAAAAUAUUCAAAUGAUGAAAGUUAUUGUUGUAAUUAAGCGUUUAUUAGCAAGUGGGAACGAGCAACAUGGCCGCCAUCUAUUCAAAUGGGGGUAACCGCUGGAAUAUUCUUGGCUUCAAUUUUACUAAAAGAGAUGCGCUAUCUAGUGUAUAUAAGAUAUCUAUGAAAACUAAGUACACGAUAAUAGGAUCAUCAUAUAAUCUAACUAAUAAAGUUCACGACUAUCCUGUGUUCUUAAACAACAAACCUCUUUUCGAAUGUCUGGGCGUAUUACUAGAUGAAAACCUCAAAUGGGAUAAACAAAUCGGAAAGAUAUUGAAAAAAGUUGGAUCUGGCAUUGCAAUGUUGCAAAGGGCUAAAAAUUUCAUUCCAGUAGCUCACUCCAAAUAAUUUACAAUGCCUUGAUUCAGCCUUAUUUUGAUUACUGUUCUCCAGUAUGGGACAUCUGUGGCACACAACUGCUUGAUAAACUUCAUAAAUUUCAAAAUCGUGCGGAAAGAAUAUUGCUGGCGCAAGUUACGAAAUUGAUUCUGUUGUUGUUCUUGAAACUCUUGGUUGGGAAACUUUAAAAAGUAGAAGACAGAAGAUGAAGCCCAUUCCUCUGUAUAAGAUUCUAAACGAUUAUACUGCUCCUAACUAUAACUAAACGAACUAUAACUUAAGAAAUAGCUAUACUGAUUUAGCUCUCCCAAAACCGACAAGGGAAUUCCUAAAAAAAGUUUUAAAUACAGCGUGGCAAAGCUUUGGAACAGCCUUUCUCGCGAUAUCUUAUAUUCAUAUAUAUACCGCUGUCAAAAUCAUAUAUCGAUUCUCCGUUUUCGUAAAUAACUCGCAGUAUAUUAUUACCACUUAUUUUUCACCCUGCUCGGUCUUUCUCAAUUUUCAAACACGCAAAGGAUUAUCAUAUGCUGUUCCUAUAUACUAAGACUUAAACAAACUCGCGAUAUCUUAUAAAUGAUAUAUUCAUCAUAUAUACUGUCCAACUCACAUAUCAAAUAAUCGUUCUCGUAAAAUAACCCGCAAUAUAUUGCUACCAUAUAUUCUGUUGCGUCUUUAAUAGGGAGGGAUUAUUAUCACAUGCUGUUCCUAUAUACUAACACUUAAACAAACUCGCGAUCAAAAUCAUAUAUCGAUUCUUCGUUAUAGAAAACCAUGCAGUAUUAUAUUAAUGACAAACAUUUAUAGGUCCUAUAGAGACUAUAUAGUGUUUAUAUAUAUAAUUAGUAGUUACAGUCUAUUUAUAUACGCAUCGUGUAUAAAGGUUGAUAAUUUCUGUUUCCAUCUGCACGAAACCACAAUAUACAGUUAAUAUAAUCAAAAAAUACAUUUUCGCAUCGUUGUUCGAGACGAUUCUACCGACGGACAAUAUGUUUACCGAUCGUGAUUUGCCUUACCAUCGGUACCGACGGACAACGUUUUCGAGGGCUGCCUUAUACUCAACCACGCACUCAGGCUCUCAGAAGAGAGCGUGGGUGCUUCAUAAGAGCUUGAAUGCGACGUUGCCUUAUAAUUAGAGACCUUAAAUUUUAAGACGGCAUGCAACGCGACGACGACGGCCAAAACAAACCUCUUCAAAUAAAUGGUAGUAAAGAUAAUUCGUGGUAUAUUAUCAAUCGUAUGAAUUUAUUACAGUCCUAGAAGUUGAAGACAUGGGUUUUAUGUUUGGGAAGAGAACUCAGUUUGAAGAUGCACUUGUUGCGACUUGAAAUGCAGCCGUUGCAAUUGUAUAUAUCAAGACGUGAAAAUCUGUGACUUGGCGUUGUAAACAGAGCGAGGACAAUGUCUAAAUUAUUCGUAUAUUGUAAUUGUUCAAUUCUUUUCAAUGAUUUAUUGUAUUGUAUUGGUAGCCGUUGCCGUCGCGUUGUCGUCCUAUAAAUCGUAAGGUCUCUAGUAUACUCAUUCACCAACGGACUUUACAUAUUUACCGAUGGUGUACCGACGGACAGGGUUUCGGAAGGCUUACUAACUCAUUUGCGAACGGACUUUACAAAUUUACUGAUGGUAUAUUCGUUUCUCCAUCGGCACGAACGGACAAAAUCUAUUUACCGAUGGUAAAUUGGCUUACCAUCAGUAGCGACGUCACCGACGGACAGGGUUUUGAAGGGCUACCUUAGCCUCUCACAAUGCUAACUACCUCAUUAUUUGCCAACAGACUUAACAAAUUUACCGAUGGUGGAUUCAUUUAUCCAUCGGUACCGAUGAAGAAUAUCUAUUUACUGAUGGUGAAUUUAAUUGGCUUACCAUCGGUACCGACGGACAGAGUGUUUGAGAGUUACCUUAUAUUCAACCUCGCACCCAGGCUCUCAGGAGAGAGCUUGGGUGCUUCAUAAGAGGCUGGAUGUGGGGUUGCCUUAUAAUUACCUCAUUCACCAACGGACUUUAAUACCGAUGGUGAAUUCAUUUCUCCAUCGGUACAGAGUACGGACGGACAAUAUCUAUUUACCGAUGGUGAUUUGGUUUACCUUGCCUCUCGCAAUGCUAACUACCUCAUUUGCCAACGGAAUUUACAAAUUUACCGAUGGAGAAUAUUUAUUACCGAUGGUAAAUUGCUUUAUCAUCGGUACCAAUGAACAUUCCAUAUUUACCGAUGGUAUAUUCGUAUCUCCAUCGGUACGGAUGGAACCGAUGGUAGGAAUAAUUUCACCAAACUAACCGUCGGUAUGCUUGCUACAGUAUUGAACAACCCUCGCAAUAUACGCCGCGUAUUGUACAGCAUGUGCGUGAAAAUCAUAUGCGUUUGAUUAGUUCAUUUAAAAGUGCUCAUAUAACAAUACUGCAUAGAAUAGAAACUUUAUUUCACGAGGGAAAACGUAUUAACCGUAAAAGUUAUCUAACAUACGGCCCUCGCACUAUUUUGAUAUUUACAGGCAUAAAAAGUAUUAAGGAUUACGACUAUUUACAUUCGAGAAAAAAUAAUUAAUAAUGAAUACAAUUACAAUUUAGUAAAUAUUUACAAUUUAUACAAAAAAAAUGCAUGCCGAAACGAUUAGGUAAAUUUCGCUAUUUCGUUAUGACGUUAUCCGGAGCGGUUACCUGCAUAACCUUGUGUCCUUAAUAUAGUAUUUGGUGUGAUUUUUAGGCUCUCGGCCUCUUACGUCGCCCUCGACAGUUGACCCUCGACACUCGACCAAUAGAUAAACUCAAAAAUAAUAUGGCAAACUGCAUGUAUAUAAGAUAUAACAUUUAAACUUGUUUUCUAGUUCUUUGUUUGCAAUCACGUGACUUUUUAUAAUAACGUUACAAUCCAAAUGACUUGUGGACGAUUUUUCUCCUAUCAGAAUCGUUGCAGCAAGAAAAACUGAACGGUAGGCCUAAUUCAUCUUUUGAGUCUUAAAAUUCCCUAUUCAGACCAAGCUGGAUAAUAGAGACAAUCUGACAAACACGAGCACACCUAAUGGAAACUAUUUCCGAUUAAGUACUGUAACGUUCAAUAAAAGAUCGUGAAUUCCUGAAAAAUAUACCUGUACAACUCUUCCCAGGAAAAUCCGUCAGUAUUCUUAGCCAGAAUAUUUUGAACUCCAAAUUUCAAAAAAUUCCAAAUACCAUCAACAUCCAUGGUCCUCUAAACAACAAGGAUUUUAAUCGUUAAAAUGUUAAUAUAUUUUUUUCUGUGUUGGUGUUGUGUAUUCAAGGGGAAUAAUAUGUUUGCGAUGUUACUCUGGGUGCAUAUCCACACCGGGCGAGCUUGAAAAAUAUGCCCGGCCACGGUGGGAUUCGAACCUACGACCUUUGGAAUACUAGCCCAAUGCUCUUCCAAACUGAGCUACGCGGUCAGGACGGUUCGAGUAAGUGAUAUUUCGGAACAGUAUCUAGUUCCUUCAAUACCAAUGUGUUCUAGUAAUACGAAUUUUUUUUUGGUUACUUGUACAAAAGCAUUUCAUGAACAAUAAUGUAGUUUCAUCUGUUGUCUCGAAUAAAUGUUUAGGAGUUGAUCUUGUUGACAGGUUGACCUUUGAUAUCAAUAUUGAAGAAAUAUGCAAGAAGAUCUGUGCAGGUAUAGGAGCAUUGAGGAAAAUUAAUUAAAACCAUUUGUUCCCCAGUGUUCUCUUAGCUUGUUACAUUAUACAAAUCAUUAAUCCAGCCAUAUUUUGAUCAUUGCAUGCUCUCCCCUGUGGAAUACAUGUGAUGAAAUAUUAAAAGAUAAAUUGCAAAUAAAUUACGGUGCGGCUAGAGUUAUCAUGAUCACUGGAGCAAGAUUUAGCACUUCCAAAACCACUGUAGAAAACUUCAUGUUACUUUCAUAUAGGGUCUAGUGAGAACGAGUUCUAGUGAGCGUUUAUAUACCGUGAUGUGAGUUUAUUAUAAGUAAUAGCAUGGCUUGAGGGAGAUUAGUGAUUAAAUGGCCCCGUAACCCGAGGCAGGUUUGCGGAAUUCCCGAGGGCGAAGCCCGAGGGAAUUCCGCAAACCUGCCGAGGGUUACGGGGCCAUUUAAUCACUAAUCUCCCGAAAAGCCAUGCUAUUAGUUUGUAAUAGCAUAGUUGCGCUCCCAUUUAAAAAUGGACAAACAUGCCCUACUUGGAAUCAGCGUAUUUAAGCUAAAACAUUUGCUUCAUUGCUUGUGGGAUGUAAAAGCUUGUUGCACAUGCGCACUUUUUACGCUUUAAUCGGUUACGCAUGCGCAAUCUAUCAUUUAAGGUACCACAACAAAAACGCUAAAUAUAUUAGUAUAAAAUUGGAGACUGCAUGUGCGUAAUUUAAAUGAGGCGGUAACUCAGGGAUCGGAUGAUAGACUAUUGACGGCUCUGAGCUAACUGUUGCUGUUCCUUGCACGAUUAUGUGCGUGAGGCACUUGCCUAAAGCGUAGUCGUCAGGGAAACAAAGGUGUGACCCUUGGUAACGGGCGAUUAGUUCUAACGGGCGAUUAGUUAGUAAUGGUACCUGUUGAAACAAAAGAAACCCGGGCAACUAUGCUAUUAUACUUUAUAUUAAAUAAAGAACCUUAUCUAAAGUGAAUUGUGAGUUUUAAGGAAACGUAGUGGCUCUAGAGUGCUACGUUUUCGACACAGUGGCGACCCCGGCAGGAUUAGCGAACCUUUUGCGAGAAAGAAGAAUUUUUUUUAGUUAGCAACAAGCGUACGCGUUUCAUCGGCAAAGUGAAAGUGACCUUUUACAACGAGAUUUGUGAGUUUGUCUAUUGACAUUUUGUGAAUAAUCAUUGAAAUCCAUUGCUUGGCUUCGUUUUGAUAUUUGGGACUUAUUAUCUGGGUUUUUUAAAUGAUAUUUUUCGAAUUUUGUGCUAUAAACUGUUGAUUUUUUGUGAAAAUAUUUAUCGGUGUUGUGCCGACCGCGCAUUCGCGAGACACUCGGAGACCUGGCAACGAAAUACAUCUCUACUUCAUUUAAGCAAACUAUAUCGUACUGCAAGUUAUUCGUGGCGUUUUUGUCGUAAAUUUCAUGAACGUAUUCUAGCUAAAAACACCCAAAUUAAAAUGGAUAAAUCAUUGGAAGAACUUUCAUGCAAGAUAAAAACAUUAAAGUUUCGGAUGAACAAGACCAAUGACGUCAUCGAUAAAAGGGAUAGGGAGGCUCUGGAGCGGCAACGUUUAUCUGUCGCGUCAAGUGCAAUGGUAGUUUACACCAUUAAAGAGACCAUUGAAGAGAGCAUGUUUGCGAAGGGAGAAACAGAAGCAGGGGCGGCGGAAAGUCGAUAAUUGGGGGGGCUGAUAUUCAUAUAUUCGUGUUCACAGACUGUAAAAACAAUCGCUUUCAAAGGAAAUAAAUGAUGCAGAACAUGAAUAUAUGAAUAUCAGCCCCCCCAAUUAUCGACUUUCCGCCGCCCCUGAACAGAAGAAAAGGUAAAAGCAUGGUCACAGGAAGUCGACGUUUUGUUGGCUGAGGCAGAUCAAUGCACCCGUUUGAUCACCAACGUACUAAAAGAUAUUGAAGCAGCUGCUCAAGAGAGUGUGAUCCUAAAAGAACAACAGCAGAAGCUGCAGUUUGAGAAAGAAUUGACAGAGCAACGAUUACGUCAAGAGCAAGAAUCUGAGGAAGCGAAAAGAAAACUUUGA